AAAACCCACAACAAAACUUGCGUCGCGGAGCUCACGGCCCGACUUGAAUGGAAGGAGCCCGCGCCCGCGGAGCGCAGCCGAGAUUCGUGGGAGCGCGUUUGGCCGGCGCGGCGCCGGGGCGCAGCAGGAAACUGAGGCUCAAAGUGAAGUGACUCAUUCGGCUCACAGAGGCAGAAUUGGAACCCAUUCCUUCUUUCUCUAAAGCACGUCACGUGCAGAAGACUCGCUGCAGACGAAGCUGGCCCCUCUUGCCUGGCACCAUGGCCCAGAGCAGGGUGCUGCUGCUCCUGCUGCUCUUGCCCCAGCAGCUGGGACGUGUGCUUGCAGCGAGGGCCUCCGCUUUCGGCCGAGCUGGUGCCCCCAGCCUGAGCCCCGAAGAGAACGAGUUUGGGGAGGGGCCGGUGCUGGUCCUGAGCCCCGAGGAGCCAAUGCCCGGCCCAGCCCCAAUUGACUGCCCCCGUGACUGUGCCUGCUCCCAGGAGGGUGUCGUGGACUGUGGUGGCAUCGACCUGCGUGAGUUCCCGGGGGACCUGCCUGAGCACACCAACCACCUGUCCCUGCAGAACAACCAGCUGGAGAAGAUCUACCCUGAGGAGCUCUCUCGGCUGCAUCGGCUGGAGACACUGAACCUCCAGAACAACCGGCUGACUUCCCGAGGGCUCCCGGAGGAGGCAUUUGAGCACCUGACCAACCUCAAUUACCUGUACCUGGCCAAUAACAAGCUGACCUUGGCACCCCGAUUCCUGCCCAACACCCUGAUCAGCGUGGAUUUUGCAGCCAACUAUCUCACCAAGAUCUAUGGGCUCACCUUUGGCCAGAAGCCAAACUUGAGGUCCGUGUACCUCCACAACAACAAGCUGGCAGAUGCCGGCCUUCCCGACAACAUGUUCAACGGCUCCAGCAACGUCGAGAUCCUCAUCCUGUCCAGCAAUUUCUUGCGCCACGUGCCCAAGCACCUGCCCCCCGCCCUCUACAAGCUGCACCUCAAGAACAACAAGCUGGAGAAGAUCCCACCAGGUGCCUUCAGUGAGCUGAGCAACCUGCGUGAGCUGUACCUGCAGAACAACUAUCUAACCGAUGGGGGGCUGGACAAUGAGACCUUCUGGAAGCUGUCCAGCCUGGAGUACCUGGAUCUGUCCAGCAACAACCUGUCGCGCGUCCCAGCGGGGCUGCCGCGCAGCUUGGUGCUGCUGCACUUGGAGAAGAACGCCAUCCGCAGGGUGGACGCGGACGUGCUAACGCCCAUCCGCAGCCUCGAGUACCUGCUGCUGCACAGCAACCGGCUGCGGGCGCGCGGCAUCCACCCGCUGGCCUUCCAGGGCCUCAAGCGGCUGCACACGGUGCACCUGUACAACAAUGCACUGGAGCGCGUGCCCAGCGGCCUGCCCCGUCGCGUGCGCACCCUCAUGAUCCUGCACAACCAGAUCUCGGGCAUCGGCCGCGACGACUUCGCCACCACCUACUUCCUGGAGGAGCUCAAUCUCAGCUACAACCGCAUCACCAGCCCGCAGGUGCACCGCGACGCCUUCCGCAAGCUGCGCCUGCUGCGCUCGCUAGACGUGUCCGGCAACCGGCUGCACACGCUGCCGCCGGGCCUGCCCCGCAAUGUGCACGUGCUGAAGGUCAAGCGCAAUGAGCUGGCCGCCCUGGCCCGCGGAGCGCUGGCUGGCAUGGCCCAGCUGCGGGAGCUCUACCUCACCGGCAACCGGUUGCGCAGCAAAGCCCUGGGCCGCCGGGCCUGGGCAGACCUCCCCCGCCUGCAGGUACCAGCUGGGAGCCUGGGGCCUCAGGGUAAGAGAGGCUGGACCAUGCUGGGGUUGUGGCUGGCAUGUCAGGGUCAGUCCAGCUUGCCACAGCUGCUGGACGUUGCUGAGAAUCAGCUCACAGAGAUCCCUGAGGGGCUCCCCGAGUCGCUCGAGUACCUGUACCUGCAGAACAACAAGAUUAGCACGGUGCCCGCCAAUGCCUUUGCCGCCACACCCAACCUCAAGGGCAUCUUUCUCAGGUUUAACAAGCUGGCCGUGGGCUCUGUGAUGGACAGCGCCUUCCGGAGGCUGAAGCACCUGCAGGUGUUGGACAUUGAAGGCAACUUUGAGUUUGGAGGCGCUUCCAAGAACCGUGGCCAUGUGGAGGAGGAAGAGGAAGAGGAGGAAGAGGAAGACGAGGAAGAAGAGGAAGCGAGAUAGCAACAAGGUGAAACGGAUCUGAUUCAGGAACCUUCAGGACUGCUGCCCUGGCCCCUCCUGCCCUGCCCCUUUCAGCAGCUGGGGCAGCCACUCCGCUGAGAGCCCCACCCCGGCCACAUCCUGGCAGGGCCCCCGGCACCCCGGUGGGCAAGCCCCAUGGAGACCAGCUGGAGAACCUCUGGGUGCAGCGAGGAGGCAGCAGAGGCUGUGGGGCCAUAGAGAGGCAGGAGGGGCCCAGCUGCAGCCCAGGGGGCCCUGUUUCAUUCUUUGGGACUGCGGGAGAGUUCUGGGUGCCUUUUAAUUUUUAUUCUUUUUAAAGAAAAAAAAAUGAUAAAAAUCUCAAAGUUGAUUUUUCUUGUUACAGAAAAUCUAAUAUAAAAGCAUUAUCCCUGUC